AUGGACUGCACCUUCCCUCUCUGCUCUGACAUGCAGUGCUCGCUGCAGCUGGCUCAGUGGAAGAAUUCCCACAGUGUGAGGUCCCACCACAGUGAGCACAGCCUGAGCCCAGAUGGCUCAGGACACCAGAACAGCCACCUGGAGCCACUGGAGUGCCGGGAUCUGCUGGUCCAGAAUGCACUCUUCACUGGAGACCUGGACAUGGUGCAGAAGUACUUCACCAAGGGCACAGCCAUCAAUCUCAUCAUUGAGACCAGGGGUGAUGUGCUGCGUUGGACUAGCAGUAAACGUGGACUGUGGUCGCUGAGCUACGAGCAGGAGCUCACCACGCCGCUGCACAUCACGGCCAGCCGCGGCCACACCGCCUGCCUGCGGCUGCUGCUGCUCCGUGGCGCUGCCGUGGACUUCGCCCCGGCGGGCAGCACUGCCCUGCACGCGGCGUGCGCGGCCGCCAGCGCUGCCUGCGUGCGCCUGCUGCUCCGCGCCGGAGCUGAUCCCGAGGCUGUCUCUGAGGAUGGCUACAGGCCCCUGCACCUCUGCAAGAGCUCGGACUCCAUCGAGUGCGUCCAGCAGCUGCUGCAGCAUGGUGCCAGUGUGAACAGUCAGACGGAGGAGGAGAACGACACAGCACUGCACGUAGCAUCACGACAUGGCCUGGCAGAGCAUGUCCAGCUGCUUCUGCACCAUGGGGCUGAAUUGGAGGUGAAGAAUAAAGAGGGGCAAACGCCCCUGAAUGCUGCCUGUGCUCAGCACCAUCAGCCCCAGGACAUGGACCGCUACUACCGUGUCUGUCAGCUGCUGGUGGAGAGCGGUGCCAGCAUCAAUGCCGCGGAUCGGGACCGGCAGCACCCGCUUCAUCUGGCCUGCAAGAAUGCCAAUGCUCGAAUUGCAGAGUUACUGCUGGCCCGGGGUGCCAACGUCAAUGUCAUGAACUAUGGCGGCAGCACGGCCCUGCACAACAUCCUGCAAGUAGCUGCCUACAAGUUGGAACAUCGUCCGGAGCUCGUGGUGCGAGCGCUGCUCAACUAUGGGGCUGUGCGCGUCUGGCCAGGCUCCCUCCUCAAGGUGCUGCGGUACUGCCACACCUGCCCGCGUGUCAUCGAGGCCCUGGUGAACAGCUACACCCACGUGCGUGUCUCUGAGGACUGGGAGGCAGCAGUUCCAGCAGAGGUUGUACAGAAAUACCCAUGUUUCUACCAGUCGCUUUUCUCCCUGGGGCACAGACCUCGCUCCUUGCAGCACCUGGCUCGCUGCACUCUCAGGACCCUCCUGGAGGGCCGGCUGCUUCUGGUCCUGUCCCAGCUACAUCUGCCAAGCGCCCUGCACCAGUUCCUGCUGCUCGGCUUUGAGGACGUCCUCUACUAG